AUGGAAACUGCACCCGUAAAUUUCAAAGUUAACUGCUCCGAAGAGCCGAGCGUUCUCCGUCGUCUCACCUUUCCAAGUGUCGCUGACGUUUCUUAUUCAGUAUUAUAUUCAAAGCUGUCGCAUGUGUUUAAUAUCAAAGAAUUUAAGAUUCGUUAUACCGACCUCGACGGAGACCAGAUUGUGAUUGAAAAUGAUUCUGAUUUGAGAGAAGCUAUCAACUACUUUAGUAGUCACAGUACCAAUAGGAAGUCAGUCAUCAAGUUGAGUUUGGAUAAGGUAAAUACUGCGCCUCAAUCAUCGUCCACCGAAGCUGCCCAGACCUCCAAUAACGAAAGAGUUCAGAACGAUGAACAAUAUAAUCAAGAAGAAUUUCCUUUUGAGAAAGUGAUCAAUGUUAGCAUAAAGACCGUGCAAGAGAUGGUGCAUAACUUUGUCAAUCAACUUAGCACGGCCAUAGAAAGGGAUUUGUCAAAUUUGAAUCUGAAUGUGUCCGAACAAUCGCAAUCGCAAUCGCAACCGCAACAAACGACCAGUAAUGAUGGAGGAUCAACAAAUGCUUCCAGGGAUACGACACGAGCUCCAAGUUUUGUGACUUCUACCGAAAACCGAAAAGUUCCUGUGCCUGGCUCGCAUAAAUAUUCAGAGCCAGUGAUUCACCAUGGGGUGAUUUGCGAUAGUUGUGAGUCAAUUAUUCGUGGAACCAGAUGGAAGUGCGCAACAUGUCCAAACUAUGAUCUUUGCCAGGCGUGUAAACCAAAAUCACCGCAGAUUCAUCGUCACCCAUUCCGACCAAUUCCUUUCCCAAUUAAUCCAAAUCAUCAUCAUCAUUUUAGUAAUUCCCUUACUCAACAUUCCGCAACCUGCGAUUAUUGUGAGUCAGUGAUCGUUGGUAUUCGCCAUAAGUGUAUUAACUGCCCCGAUUUUGACUUAUGUCAGAAUUGUAUUGCGCUCGCACCCACACAACAUCCAUAUCAUACAUUUAUGCAAAUUCGCCGUCCUGGUGAGCCGGAAAUUAAAAUUCUUGAUACCGCAUUCCAUCCUGGAAUAAGAUGCGAUGGUUGUGGAAAGCCGAUUAAUGGUGUUAGAUACAAGUGCGCAAACUGUUCCGACUUUGACCUCUGUGGAAAUUGUGAGGCAUCACCCGCCAAUAAGCAUAAUCCUGAUCACGUUUUCAUCAAGUUCAGAAGGCCCGUACCAUCACCUCUUUCUGCCACCACUCCUCUACUCCCAAAUUUCUAUUCUAGUUCAGAGCCCAGAAUUUGUCGAACCAGAUAUAGACAACCACCUCAACAAAAGAUCUGUCAACAUUGGACCUUUAACGUAAGCAUAAGUACAUUCGGUUCAUGUUUCUUGACUAUGCUUCCGGAAUCGUUAAAUACAUCUUCGUCUUCACUUGCCAGGAGUCAAAAACCACAUGUUCAAAUUCCCACAACUUCUCCUGUAUCUGAAGUACUCACUCCCACAAAUACCAUUGCAUCACAAUCUACUGUGGAAGAAACUAUCUCUGAAACGGAACAACAGAUCAAUACUGUACCAACCUUGAAUGCCUUAUUCGUCGAGGAUGUUAACAUUCCCGAUGGUACUGUACUUGACCCACAGACCCAAUUCCAUAAAGUCUGGAGAAUUCUUAAUAAUGGAGAUCUCAACUGGCCUGAAAGCACCACUUUGCAACAUAUUGGGGGACCGCCAAUGGUCAAUGAAAAGAUGAUUAGUUCUGAAAAUGGAAAUUUUGAGGUCAAAGUUGGCCCACUUGAAAUUGGGAAAUCUAGCUGCUUUGCGGUUGAUUUCAAAGCCCCUUCUGAACCUGGAAGAUAUGUCUCGCAUUGGCGUUUAACUGAUGGCCAAGGAAAUGGAUUUGGUGAUCAAGUUUGGUGUGAAAUAAUCGUAGAGAGUGAUGAACAGAGUUCCAACAUGUCUUCGUCUUCCAUGAUUUUCCCUGUUUUGACCUAUGAACAGAGAUCAGUAUCUGAACAGUCAAAUUCUGCAUCGGCGCAAUUAUCUUCAAUUCCUAAUUCAAUUGACUCCUCUGAAGUUAAUCGAGUUCAGACUGAUGAAGAUCCUUUCCAAGAUCCCGUUUCCCCUGCCUCGACUGUUGCCGAGUUCGUGAAAGAUCAAAUGGAAAUCGAAAAUAGUUCUGAAUUUGAUUCCGAUGAAGAAUCUGAAAUUUCUUCAAUCGCUAGUGAUGAUUCCUCUCAAGAAUUUAUAGUUGUGGAAAAGGAUUCUGAUGAUGAAAUGGAACUCUCUCAAUCUCGACAAUCUUUGUUUGGUCGUCCAGCAUCUGGUGAAAAUUCGCAUGUUAAUCGAUCGGAG